UUAUGCCGUUCACAUCUUUUCAAACGUCAAAUUUGAUAGCUGCUGUCAAAGUCUUACAAAAGCAUCACGUGAUAUCUAUCUACCUGUCAAUGAUCAUAAAAAUAUCUUCAUUGUUAACGCUAUUUUCAAUAUUAUUGAUAUCGCGAAAUGUCGAUUGAGUUAAUGAAUAUCAGAAAAAGAGGGCGAGUUUUCACCGAUAAAGUUAAUGAGAGUGUCGAUGUUGCCAAAAAGCGGAAAAUAAAUGACGUAGCUGACAUUCCAGUCAUCUCCUGUCAUAAUGAAGUAUAUCCUCAAGUAUUGGAUGAUGUUGAAAAUUGGCUCAAAAAUUUAGAACCAAAGUGCAGCUCCGAAUUAAGUGUUAAAGAUGUAGGGCAAGUUGGUAUGGAAAAAUUCUUGAAUGAAUUGUAUCCAGAACUUGUACAAAAUCCAACAGAGCCUAUAAGUAUUGAUUAUGAAGAUAACGAAUAUAACUACUUGGAAGAAGAAAAACAAAAGAGACCAGUUGAGCAACAGUAUAAACCAAAUUUAAACAAAACCUUGGUUGGUGUUGAAAAUACUAACAGAAGUAUAAUUAAGAGUCCUCGAGUAGAUUCACAAAGUAUUCAGAAGACCUCUAAUCAUACUAUUAAUAUAACUCACAAUAGAAGAUUAAAAAUUGAAAACCAAAAAAAUAAUAAAUUGAGUCAUGCAUCUUCAGUUAAUUUUGGUUCUAAACAAUUGAAAUCAAAAAUAGACUCACAAUCAAAAUCCAAGUUGCAACCUAAGCAAAUUAAAAAACCAACUUCUGAAAAAAAAAAACCAUUAAUAAAAGACCAUCAAAAUAUUUCAGUAACUAAGUCUUCCAAAGAGGAUCAUUCGCUUGUGCUCAAAUUUGCUGUUGGACAAGAGAAGACUAAAAAUAACACCACUAACAAACCAACAAAAAAAGUUACCUCUCAAAGCAACAAAAUACCAAUUGCGGCUAUUGAUUCUAAAAAAAUACAUAAAAUGUCAAGCCUUGUUAACCAAGAAGAUAUUAUUGAUGAAGCUUUACUAUCUGUUGGUAUUACGGAUGAAAUUUUGAAGCACAAAAAAGAUUCUGAGAACAUAAAACUUUGGUACUGCCAUAAAAAUUUUUGUGGUAAGGAGUUUUAUAAGCUAUGUCAACUCAAAAGUCAUUUGUUGGAACAUUAUGAAAUUAAACCUUUUAAGUGUAAUUAUCAAGGAUGUUCCUCCUCAUUUUAUUUGGCUCACAAGCUUUAUAGACAUCAAAAAAUUCAUAAACCAUCUACGAAAAAAAAAUUCGUGUGUACUAUCGACAAUUGUAAUCGCUCUUUCACGACGUAUUCAAUUCUGAAAACUCAUGAAAAGUCACAUCUGCGUCCAUAUGCAUUUAGUUGCGAUAUGCCUGGUUGCACAGAAAAGUUUCAAUUGGCUCGUGACCUUCGUAAACAUACAAACGAGUUUCAUUCAAAAGAUGAAGCAGAAGCAAUGUUUACUUGUGAUACUGAAAAUUGUGGCAAAAAAUUUGGUACUAUAGGAGCUUACAAAGCUCAUUGUAUAACACAUAGUUAUUCUAAGUCAGACUUAACUUGUUCCUGGCCUAAAUGUGGCAAAGAGUUUAAGCAGCCAUGUAAGUUGAGAGCACACAUGAAAAUACACAACAAGGAAAAAAAUUAUGUCUGUAAUUUUGAAGGAUGCAACAAGUCUUUUAUAACAUCUAAUAAGCUUAACAGGCAUAAAGCAUCACAUACCCAAGAGCGAACAUUUGUUUGUAGCAUACAAGACUGUGGCAAAGCUUACAUUCGUAAGGAUCAUCUGAAAGACCACGAAAGAAAUCAUAAAAAAGAUCCAUUGUUUACAUGUGAAAUCUGUUCCCUUGCAUUUUUGGCUAAUGAUAAAUUACAAGAUCACAUAAAGAUACACAAUAAUCAUUGCAAUGAAAGAGCUUUGCAAGAAAAUGAAAAAGACAAUCAAGUACGGAUCCAAAAAAAGCCUCUGACAACUCAAAAGAAGUAUGAAUGUGCCUACAAAAAUUGCGGUAAAAGGUACAAAUUAAAAAAGACUUUAAGGGUACACAUAAAAUUAAAACACAGUGACAGUGAGUCUUCAAGCGAUUUGAACAAUGAAUCUGACACUCCAAAUGUUAUCAUAGCUCAUGUGUUGGAGGACAACAGUAAUAUCAAUGAAAAUUCAUCGCUAGGUGAUGUUAUACAUGUAUCUCUAGAGGAUGGCUCUGAGCUAUUAACGCCGACUAAAGAUUCAGCUAACAAAGGAUCGGCUCGAACGGAGCUCACUCGAUCCAUCAUUCAGAAUAUGAAAUCUCGUUCAAACUAUGUUACCUCGGGUAAACCGUCAAAUAUGAUUGAUAUCGAAUUUCCUUCUCUACCAAACAGUGAACAUGCAGAGAGCAAUUCUAGUCCAGUAUCAUUCGAAGUAGAUGCGGAUAGUUGAGAAAUGUUUCUGAUUUAAAAUAAUCAUACACUACCAGAACUUUUUCAUCGAAAUACUUUAUAGUAUAAGUGAUGUAACUACUAAUGUGAAAGAAAAUUAAAGUAUUACUUAUGUUGAUCACAUC